AAAAGGAUCCCGACCUCACAAGAAGGUGCCUUUGUACGUUUGGUUUCUUGGGUCGUGCGAUAACUCCUUCGCUAUGCUCUAGGUUUCCCCAAGCAUAGAUAACUGUCGACCCUAUCUUGUUUCUUUCUUUGUUCUUUCGUUCGCCGCCGGCGUCGGUUCUGGCACCGAGAGAGAACCCUCCUCCUCCUCCUCCUCUUCUCCUCCUCCAUGGUGCCAGCCCCGGUGGUCGUCCGUCGUUCACACAAUCACCCACUCUGUCACUGACACUGUCCCUACGAGUAACAUGGCGCCGAAUCCCAAGGGCGGUCGUCCCCCUAAACCCCAACUCCAUGGCCGCAUGGUUCAGCCUGCUCUGCCAUUGAUCCCCAGACCAAUCAAGGGCAAGCAGCAGCAGAAGAAGAGCAAGCAGGCAACUUCUGAGCAGGUUGUUGAAACAACCAGCGAAAAGCAGAAGGCUGUUGAGGCGGCCUUGAAGACCUCCGAUGCAGCCGUCAAUGGAGACAAACAGGAACAUGGUGAAGUAUUGAAACCCUCCGACGCAGCAGUCAAUGGAGCCAGCAACCAUGAACGUGGUGACACAGUCGAGGCUCCAGCCAAGGCUCCAGAUGCGACGACAACAGGAGAAGGAGAGACGGAACAUGUCGACUUUUAUUGCGCACCAACUCAAGGCCCAACCGUCGAAACCCCAAGAAAAUCAUCGACUCCCUCAGUUGCGCAAGUUACUCCUGAUAGUACCAAUUUGGAAGACAACAAUUCUGUUGCCGGUGAGGACUCCUUUUUGUCGCAGGUGGCGGCAGACAGCCAGGCCACAAACGAGGCUGCACUGGGCCGUUCUUCCGAACAGGAGACCAAUGCCAAAGAGGAACAAGAGACGGUCAGUUUGACAAACGGUCACCUUUCCAAUGCGUCGGAGCCUAUUAGCAGCGCCAGCGGUGAAGACUAUGACGAACAUGUCUCGGCAAUGGAGUCCUUUGCGCAGGCUGACGAAAUGCGUGCGUUUGGAGGUGCUGUGAACGGAACCUUGUCCUCACCACCGCCGCAAGAGAAUGGUCAUAUGACGCCCGAGGAGGCAGCUCAGUCUCAUGAAGGCAGUGGUGGUGGUCAGUCUACUACUGCGCAAGUCUACGGUUCCGCAGCUGUCAAAUCCCCUCAACAAGACAUGAACGGUGGUGGCGGUAGUGUUCAUGACCCAAUGGCGAUGUCGGGCACAUCUAGGUCGGUAUCUGAAUCGAUUCAACAACAACAACAAGAACCGAGAGACUCUACCGGUCUGGCUCCUCUGCAAGACUACCUGCUCCAGAUCUCCCACACCAAGGAAGGCGUCGACUGGGCGAUCCAGGUCAACCCUCCAGGAGUCCAGCCUUAUGUCUUGUAUGCGCAUUCGUUCCUGAUGCUACGAAGCGAUCGCCUCAGACGCUUGAUGCAGCGCGAACCAUCGUCAUCGACCUACGGAGGAAACGUCAUCCAUCUGUACCCUGCCAGCAAUGCCGUCCCUCAUGCGUUCGACGCAGCUUUACGCUUCUUGUACUCUGACACGGUCUUGUCGCACCUCAUCCAGCCGCAUCCGGGCCCGGAUUUCCAUGCAGCGAGACUUCAGAACCUCGACUACAUCUUGUCUUAUUGGGUCGCCGGCAUCGAGCUAGGCAUCGACCAGGUGUCUGUAUGUGCGGAAAGACUCUUGUUCAACUACGUCGACUGGGACAUCCUCGAAGUCACGUACAAGCAUGCUAUCGACCUUGCCAACUCACCCGUGGUCUCGUCUGGUAAGAACACGACUGGUUCUGACUACGUGGUCGCUAGCAACGCCAUCAUCAGACCCAUCCUCCACUUUCUGGCAGCUCGCAUGGACGUGACCAAGUUCAAGGUCGACACCGCCGGAGCCCCAAUUCACUUUGCAACUCGAUUCCCGAUGCUCGACGGUAACCGUGUCAAGCACAAACCAGCACUGGCUUCCAUGGUCUUUGGCUCCAUGCCAUCUUCCGCCGACAUGUCUCCUACCUCGCCUCAAUCCGAGCUCAUGCCCGCUUCUACUGCGACAUUCCGAGACACUGUGGCAACCAACAUUCUCCUCAACAUCGACUUUGAGCAUCUGUUUUACUUCAAUUCAAUCCUCCAGAGAAACAACAUUGCCGGCGCUCCUCAGCUCAUGGCUAGCAUCAUUGCCGAGCGAGAAGUCCGUCGCCAGAAAAUCCAGAGCUCACAAACUGUGGCCAAUAAGGACCGUAUGGCUAAUUCGACCGCUUGGGAAGUUGUUGGCUGGAAGGAGGAAUGGGACGGCGAGACCAACCUCCCGAAGCGUGAGCGGGUUGGAUUCCUUUCUUGAACGUUCAGCAAAGCAAGCAUUGAUCAUCCUUCUUCAAAACCCCCCCAAAAAGAACAGCGAUUCAGCGUUGACAAAAGUUGUUGAGAGAUAUGGCACAGUUUUCACACAUCCAGAAAAGCAGGCGAUUAAUGGCAGCAUAUUGGCGUGAAUGUCUUCUUUUUAGGGCCUGUUAUUUCUUGUGCUUGGUUUUCGGGGUCAGGUGUGGUUCCGGCGUACUACUUCUUGGUGGAUAUUAUGCCGUUGAUGGCCGAGACGAAGCUGAGUAAAUACACUGAGCUAGAUACCCCCUUCUUGAU